GGGGCGGGGCGGGGGCGGGAGCAGGAGGCCGCGCUGGGUGUGAGGGGACGCCGCCGCCAUGUCGGAGCCGCAGCUGGCGGCGCCGGGCAGCGGCCCCGGGGCCAAGGGCGCGGAGCCGCCCGAGCCGCCGGGGCUGCUGGAGCUCUGCGGCGCCUGCCGGCAGCGCCUGAGCCCGCAGCGCGAGCCGCGCCUGCUGCCCUGCCUGCACUCCGUGUGCCGCCGCUGCCUCGGCGCCGCGCCCGGAGCCGCCCCCGGGGACGGCAGCGUGUUCGAGUGCCCCGUGUGCCACCAGCAGUGUCCCCACGGUGACAUCAUGGAGAACCUGUUCCUGCAGGCCAGCCCGGCUGCCCCCAGCGGGCAGCGUGUCCCUUGUCCCCAGAGCUGCACCAGCUGCGAGGACAACGCGGCGGCCACCAGCUUCUGCCUGGAGUGCGCCGAGCCACCAUCCUCAGCCCCCCGCUCUCCCGCCGUUCCCGGUCCCGUUCCCGGUGCCGUUCCCGGUGCCGUUCCCGGCGCGUGCCCGGGGCCGUGCCCGGCGCACCCGCGGCAGCCGCUGUCGCUGUUCUGCAGCGCCUGUGACGCCCUGACGUGCCACGAGUGCCACCUGGGCCCGCACCUGCAGCACCCCUCGCAGCCGCUGGCCGACGCCGUCCGGCAGCAGCGCUCGGUGCUGUCGGCGCUGCUGCAGCGCCUGGCCGACAAGCACGCCGCGCUGCAGCGCCGCACCAAGGAGCUGCGCGCCUUCAUGCGCCGCGGCACGGACGCGCAGAAGCGCCUGCAGGUGGAGGUGAAGCUCGCCAUCCUGCAGAUCAUGAAGGAGCUCAACAAGCGCGCCAAGGCGCUGGUGGGCGACGUCCAGCGCGUCACCGAGGGCCGGCAGGAGCGGCUGCAGCGGCAGCAGCGCGCGCUGGGCCGGGCGCAGCGGCUGCAGGAGCACGUGCUGCGCUUCGGGGCGCGCGCGCUGCGCGGCCCCCACGGCACCGCCCUGCUGCUCUCCAGGAGGCUGGUGCAGGCGCAGCUGCUGGGGGCCCUGGGGGUGCCCCUGGAGCCCCCCGAGCCGCAGGGGGAGCUGCGCUUCCAGUGGGACCUGCAGGGAUGGACCCGGAGCGCCCGCAGCUUCGUGUGGUGUCCCCUCCCCCGUGAUGUCCCCACCCCUCCCCGAUGUCUCCGCAGGUCCCUGAGGGGACAUUCUGGGGGUGCCACCCCCGAUGUCCCCACCCCUGUGACGUCCCCUCCCCCCGGUGUCCUGCAGGGCCACCCCCAGGCCACCGUGGUCACCGGGGGACAGGUGACACCCGAGCUGCUCCUGCAGGGUCCCCCCCCGCUGUCACCUCCCCCCCAGCUGUCACCUCCCCUCCGGCUGUCACCUCCCCCCCUGGAGCCCGCGGCGGCCCCGAGCCCCGAGCUGGCCACCAGCCCUGAGAAUGGUGUCACCGGAGAGAGGACGAGGAACCCCAGCAGUUCCCCCCGGGAGGAGAAGCUCGUUAAGAAGCUGCUCAUUAAGCGGAGGGGCCCCCCCGAGCCCCCGCGCGGGCCCCGGCUCCCGAAGCAGCCGCGGGUGAGCCUGGAGCGCCUGGAGCUGGACCUGGAGCUGGACCCGGCGCAGCCGCCCGUGUUCCGCAUCUUCCCGGGCCCCUCGGCCCAGGAGUUCAGCCUCAUCGUCAUCGAGCAGGGCGCCGCGGGGCCCGAGGGGACAGCGGGGACAGAGGGGACAGCGGGGACACCGGGGACAGAGGGGACACCAGGGACAGAGGGGACACCAGGGACAGAGGGGACAGCGGAGACAGCGCAGCCGCACGGAGCCCUCCUUGUCAAGGAGGAGCAGCAGGAGUCGCUCAUCGGGGACACCGGGGACACCAAACCCGUGGGGCUGCUGCCGCCUGCCCCGGGGGAGCCGGGCCCUGCCCCGGCCUCCUCCCCUGGCCCGGCGCUCCCGGGGGUCCCGGGGGUGCUCCCAGGGGUCCCGGGGGUGCUCCCGGGGGUCCCGGGGGGGCUCCCGGGGGUCUCGUGCUGCCGCGUGUGCGGCCAGGCCGGGGCCGUGGUGAUGUGUGACCGCUGCCAGCGCUGCUUCCACCUGCACUGCCACCUGCCCGCGCUGCAGGACGUGCCCAGCCCCGAGUGGACGUGUUUGCUGUGCCAGGAGCUGCCCCCGCCGCUCCCGGAGCCGGAGCGGGGCCCCUCCCUCAAGCUGAGCCCCCAGGACCAGCAGCGCUGCGAGUUCGUCCUGCUGGAGCUGCUGUGCCACGAGCCCUGCCGGCCCCUGCAGCGCCUCUGCAGCUCCCCGGACGGCCGCGACGCCAUGGACCUGACGCUGAUGCGGGCGCGGCUGCAGGAGAAGCUGAGCCCGCCCUACCGCAGCCCCGAGGAGUUUGCCCGCGACGGCUGGCGCCUGCUGCGCCAGUUCCACCGCCUCACCGAGGACAAGGCGGACGUGCAGUCCAUCCUGGGCCUGCAGCGCUUCCUCGAGAGCCGCCUCAGCGCCGUCUUCGGCGACCAGAAGUUCUCCAGGCUCCUGCUGGACCCCGAGGAGGCCCUGGAGGGGUCCCCGGGCUCCUGACUGCCCCUGCUGGGGGGUGAAAGACCUCCCAGCACCCCGAUCUCCCCUCCCAGGACCUCGAUUUGCCCUUCCAGGACCUUGAUUUCUCCUUCCAUGACCCCAAUUUCCCCUCCCAGCCCCCCGAUUUCACCUUCCAGGACCCCGAUUUCCCCUCCCAGGACCUCGAUUUCCCCUCCCAGCACCCCAUUUCCCCUCCCAGCACCC